AUGAUAUCUUCCUCAGCAUAUACGUCUUCAUUUAAUGCAUAUUAAGGAAUUAGAGAUUUUUAAUUAUUUAUCAGACCUAUUCUAAAUUAUGAUUUUUGCUUUGAUGAAAAUAUCUAUCCAUUUGAUGGAUGCUUUGCUGAGAUUUAUGAUUGUGUUGAAGGUUGUUCAAACUGUUUAAGAGGUGUAUGUUUGGAAUGUUAAGGAGGAUGGUAAUAUUAUGAAUAAAAUAAGAAUUGUUUACCAAUAUGUGGUGAUUCUAUAAUUACAUAUUUUGAAGAAUGUGAUGAUGGUAACACAUAUCAAUAUGAUGGGUGUUAUUAAUGUAAAUACUCAUGUUAAUAAGAUUGUUUAUUAUGUGAAUUUGGAUAAUGUUUGAGAUGGAAAACUUCAUACUUAGAAUUUUAAAAUUAGUCUUAUAGUGACAAUUUAAAUCUGAAAUUACCAAUUGCACAGAAAAAUAAAAAUCACAAUUAAUGCUAAUAUUUGUAUGAUUCAUUAGAAUGUUAUUAAUAUAUAAAUGAAUUAACUUGGUUAUUUUUAACUUGUGAAUCUUAAUAUUAGAUGAAUGAAAAGAGAUUAAAAUAAUAUAGUAAAAAGAAAUGUGGAGAUUUAAUUAUUACAUGUGAUGAGGAGUGUGAUGAUGGUAAUCAAGUAGAGUAUGAUGGAUGUUAUAUGUGUAAAUAUUCAUGUCCAUUGAAUUGUAGUAAAUGUUAAUUUGGAAAAUGCAAAUAAUGUUAACCUAGAUAUGAAUUAAUAAAUGGAUAUUGUAAAUAUAAUUGUGAUGGUUAUGAGAUUUAUGAUGAUUAAGAAAAUAGAAAUUGUAUUAAUCGAAUUAUUAAUUUGAUUGAGAAUGGUGAUUAAUAACAUUAUUUAUUUAAUAACUAAAAUUCAUAAUAUAAAUUAGUAAGUAGUCUAACAUGCAACCUAAAAGAUUUUGGAAUCUUUGGAUAUUUUUAUAAUUAAUGUAGAACACCAGUUAUACAAUAUUGUAAGGAAAGUCUUUAUGAUAAAUGUCUAGAAUGUGAUGAAUAUUAUAAAUUGGAAAAUAAUAUAUAGAUAUGUACUCCCUUAUGUAAUGAUGGAAUUGUAAUAGAGAGAGAAUAAUGUGAUGAUAAAAACAACAUAUAAUUUGAUGGAUGUUACAAAUGCUAAUAAAGUUGUUUAUUGGAAUGUUUAAAUUGUGUUGGAAAUAAAUGUUAUUAAUGUCUUGAUGGUUGGCAACUUAUAGAUUAUAGUUGUUAUCAAUAUUGCGGAGAUGGUUAAGUAGCUAAAUCUUNAACCUAAAUUAGAUUACUUUAACAAUUAGAUAGAAAUCUAGUACUAGGUAUACAUCAAGUUAUUCUGCUUAUUAUGGAAUUAGAGAUUUUUAAUUAUUUCUUAAAACAUAUGAUAAUUGUUUUGAUGAUAAUAUUUAACCAUUUGAUGGAUGUUUUGCUAAUAUUUAUGAUUGUAUUAUAGGUUGUUCAAAUUGUGUAAGAGGUAUAUGUUUGAAAUGUUAAGAUGGAUGGGAAUAUUAUGAAUAGAAUAAGAAUUGUAUACCGAUAUGUGGUGAUUCAAUAAUAACUUAUUUUGAAGAAUGCGAUGAUGGUAACACAUAUCAAUAUGAUGGGUGCUAUUAAUGUAAAUACUCAUGUUAAUAAGAUUGUUUAUUAUGUGAAUUUGGAUAAUGUUUGAGAUGGAAAACUUCAUACUUAGAAUUUUAAAAUUAGUCUUAUAGUAACAAUUUAAAUCUGAAAUUACCAAUUGCACAGAAAAAUAAAAAUCACAAUUAAUGCUAAUAUUUGUAUGAUUCAUUAGAAUGUUAUUAAUAUAUAAAUGAAUUAACUUGGUUAUUUUUAACUUGUGAAUCUUAAUAUUAGAUGAAUGAAAAGAGAUUAAAAUAAUAUAGUAAAAAGAAAUGUGGAGAUUUAAUUAUUACAUGUGAUGAGGAGUGUGAUGAUGGUAAUCAAGUAGAGUAUGAUGGAUGUUAUAUGUGUAAAUAUUCAUGUCCAUUGAAUUGUAGUAAAUGUUAAUUUGGAAAAUGCAAAUAAUGUUAACCUAGAUAUGAAUUAAUAAAUGGAUAUUGUAAAUAUAAUUGUGAUGGUUAUGAGAUUUAUGAUGAUUAAGAAAAUAGAAAUUGUAUUAAUCGAAUUAUUAAUUUGAUUGAGAAUGGUGAUUAAUAACAUUAUUUAUUUAAUAACUAAAAUUCAUAAUAUAAAUUAGUAAGUAGUCUAACAUGCAACCUAAAAGAUUUUGGAAUCUUUGGAUAUUUUUAUAAUUAAUGUAGAACACCAGUUAUACAAUAUUGUAAGGAAAGUCUUUAUGAUAAAUGUCUAGAAUGUGAUGAAUAUUAUAAAUUGGAAAAUAAUAUAUAGAUAUGUACUCCCUUAUGUAAUGAUGGAAUUGUAAUAGAGAGAGAAUAAUGUGAUGAUAAAAACAACAUAUAAUUUGAUGGAUGUUACAAAUGCUAAUAAAGUUGUUUAUUGGAAUGUUUAAAUUGUGUUGGAAAUAAAUGUUAUUAAUGUCUUGAUGGUUGGCAACUUAUAGAUUAUAGUUGUUAUCAAUAUUGCGGAGAUGGUUAAGUAGCUAAAUCUUCAAUGGAAUAAUGUGAUGAUGGCAAUUAUAAUGAUGGAGAUGGAUGUUAUGAAUGUAAAUUUGAAUGUUUUCCAUUUUGCAAAUCUUGUGCUGAUAGAAAUACAUGUUUGGUUUGUGAAAAAUAUUUCGAAUUAUUUAACAAUUCAUGUAAACCGAUAUGUGGAGAUGAUUAUAUUAUAAUUGGAUUAGAAGAAUGUGAAGAUGGAAAUGAUAUACCUUAUGAUGGUUGUUUUAAUUGUUAAUUUUAGUGUGAAAAAGAAUGCUAAAUUUGUAAAUCAGGAUUAUGUAUUGAAUGCAUUGAAGGAUAUAUGAUUAUAAAGGAUUAUUGUGAAGUUAAUAAUUAAACUUAAAUUAUGGAUGAUGAAGAAGAUACAUAAAUAUAAAAAAAAUGUGGAAAUGGUAUUUAUUCUAAUGAUGAAGAAUGUGAUGAUGGUAAUUUAUUUCAGAAUGAUGGCUGUUCAAUUUUAUGUGAAAUUGAAUUUAAUUGGUUUUGUAAUAACUAACUAAAUAAAUCUAGUAUUUGUACUCCUUAUACUAUUAUUUAAUUGUAAUAUCUUAAUAUAACUUAAUCGAUUUAAUAUGUUUAAUUAUCAUUUUCUAAUAAAGUUAAAUUAAAUGA